UUGUGGGUCGUUGAACGCAGCGCCAUAGUACCGCACUUGCGCAGUAGUGUCUUGUGGGCGGUAAGCAGGAAGCUCAGUGAGCGAAUGAAGAUAAAAGCUGAAAUUUUGACGCUGUGCCCUAUAUUCACGUAAAUCGACGCAGAGUUAUGGCAUUGGACUGGAUUGGAUUCACUUAUGCAGCAGCCAUCGCCCUUGGGGGGUUUAUGGGUUACAAAAGAAAAGGUAGUGUAAUGUCCCUUGUGGCUGGUCUCGUUUUUGGAGGAUUAUCAGCAUAUGGGGCCUUCAACAUUUCCAAUGACCCUAAGAACAUUAAGGUCUCCCUGUUUUCCGCUGGACUUCUUGCUUUAGUGAUGGGAACAAGAUACAAGAAUUCUGGAAAGUUCCUGCCUGCUGGCCUAAUGUCUGGGCUAAGUUUGUUGAUGGUUUUUCGACUCUUGCUCCUGAUCAUGGUGUGACUGCAGGAACCAAAGAGACCAAACUGAAAAGCCAACUGUGCAUCAAUGAACAAGCACAUCAUUCCCACCAACACACCAACAACGUGUUCUUAUUGUGAAUUAAGAUACACCUCGGGUUGUCUUUACUUUUGGAUUAUCCUUUUGAAAAAGCUGGUUUUAUGUAUUCCACAGAAGACAGGUUAAUAAGUGAUAUUUUACCAAUCUCUCCUCAUUUGAAUGUGUUGCAGAUCAGUGUUAGGUUUCAUACAAUUGUGUAAAAACAGUCACUGUGCUAAACCCAUUCUAAAUCUGCAGAUUUUUAAAAAUGCUUGUAUUUGUUUAUAUUAAAAAAGUUGAUUGCCUUUUAUGUUUUUUUUAAUCACUACCCAGUUGUAUUACUUUCUUUGCAGCAUGUUAAAUUUUUACACAAGUGUGUGUCAGCAUUUGUCACAGCUGUGGGUUUACACACUACAUAAUUUUUGUGCUUAGCCCUGAAAAUGAUAUAAUGAAUAACUGACCGAAAGUUUGUUCAAUGCGUUUUCUUCAAGUAUCUUGUUUUUAUUAGUGUAAGAAAGUGGACUGAUGAUGUUUGGAACCAACAACUAAUAAAAUGUGCUAUAUUUUU